AUGCCAAGAUCCAAAAACCAAAACCAAAUUCAAAUAAUUGACAGUAGUGAUAAAUACAAAAGGGAAUUCGUUGAAGGUUGCGAAUGGGAAUACGAAUGUCCACUCAAAAUCACCUCAAUGACUUACAUUUCCGAGGAAAAGGUAUUUUGCAAUGUCUGUAAGGAGAAUAUUUACAAAGUUCACAAUCAAACCGAUUUGAAGUAUCACACCGAACAAGGACAUUGUGUCAUUCUAACUGAAAAAAAACAUGUUAAAAUUGGAAAGACAUAUAAUCCUGAUUAUCAUGAACUUCCUGCUGUUCGUUAA